CCUGGGUGAGGAUGACACCGGAGGAGGAAGGCUCCUGGGCAGGGCCUCCAGAGAGGGUGUGUAUCCGGGUGGAGGAGCAGUCAUUCUGGGUGGAGAAGACCUUGCUGGUGGAGAGCAGCGAGUACUUCCGUGCCCUCUUCCGCUCGGGCAUGAAGGAGAGCACGCAGGAGGAGAUUGGGCUGGGGGAGCUGAGCGCGGCCGGGUUCCUCGCCAUGCUGCGAGUGCUGGCGGGUGAGAGGCCCAUCCUCGGCAGCGAGGAGACCUUCCAGGCAGUUGAGUGUGCCGCCUUCCUGCAGGUGAAGCCCUUGGCCAAGUACCUGAUCCACUCCAUCAACUCUGACAACUGCAUCCUGCUGUACCAAGCUGCCGCCAUAUUCGGUCUCCUGGACCUUUUCCACUGCGCCGCGCUCUACAUCAGGGACAGCUACGCCGAGCUGGUGGAGUACUUGGACUGCCUCUCUGACGACCUGCUGGCCUACGUGGAGACCCUCCUGCCCAGCACCUUUGUGGCAGUAGGAGCCCACACGCCCACCUUUGAGUUCCUGGAGGACCUCUCCAGGACCAUCUGCUACCUGGACGAGGAGACCAACACGUGGAGGACCCUCUCCUGCCUGCCACUGAGCGCCAGCACGUUCCUAGCUGGCAUGGCAACCAUGGAUAAUAAGAUCUACAUCGUGGGCGGCGUCUACGGGGCCAGCAAGCAGGUGGUGGAGAGCAGCUUCUGCUAUGAUGCCGAUGCCAACGCCUGGAGCGAGUUCCCCAGCCCUCAUCAGCUGCGCUAUGACGUCAGGCUGGUGGGCCACGAGGGCUACCUCUAUGCCAUCGGUGGGGAGUAUGAGAAGAUCUCCCUGAAGUCCGUGGAAAGGUACGACGUGGCCUCCAGCACCUGGACAUUUGUCUCCGACCUGCCACAGCCGAGCGCGGCAGCACCCUGUGCCCAAGCCAUGGGGCAGAUCUUCGUUUGCUUGUGGAAGCCACUGGACACUACCGUCAUCUAUGAGUAUGAGACCCAGCAAGAUGCAUGGCUUCCUGUCACCGAGCUCAAGCGGCACCAGAGCUACGGGCACUGCAUGGUGGCCCACCGCGACAACCUCUACGUCAUGCGCAACGGCCCCUCAGAUGACUUCUUGCGUUGCGUCAUUGACUGCUUCAACCUGACGUCGCGGCAGUGGACCGCCCUGCCCGGGCAGUUCCUGAAUAGCAAAGGAGCUCUCUUCACUGCCGUCAUCAGGGGUGACACCAUCUACACCGUCAACAAGAUGCUGACGCUCCUCUACUCCGUGGAAGAGGAGACCUGGAAGUUCAAGAAGGAGCGGGCAGGCUUCCCACGCAGUGGCUCCCUGCAGACCUUCCUCCUGCGGCUGCCGAGGCGCGACCACAAUGUUGCGACAUAGGUGGCCCCCUGUCCCACGUUGGGAUGCUCUCCUUGCACGUGGCCUUGGCUCUGCACCCGCCACCGCCCCGGGCUCCUCUCCUCCUCCGCGGAGUCGUGCUCAGGUCCAGGGACGCAUCACGUUGGACCUUGGAGGUGACACUAGACCCUGCCGGAGGGAAAG